AUGGCGUCCUCAAACACCGAGACGAGCGCCCACGUGGGUGUGCCCUCACUGCUGGAUGCCCUGCAACCGGCCAACCGACAUGUCUUUCUGCAACCUAGCUCGGCGAUACCGGCGGAGUCGUUGAGGCUGGUCAAGGAUACGCUGGAUGCCUUUGCGACGCAGGUUGGCGAGGAACAGGAGCGAAUACUCAAGGAGAGCCGAAAGAGGAAGCGAUGCGGGGAGAAUCUGAGCCAGGCCGGAGAUGUAUUGAAGCUGAGAAAGGUGUACACCGACGGCUUCGAGACGGACCAAGUAUGGCAGCAGGCCAAGAAAAUUAUCGGAUGCGUCUUGCGUUUCUCGGAAGCCGCAUUGGACGACCUGCAGGAGAGGCAGGAAGUUGCUGCUGCUGCCGAUGGAUCCGAUGACGAUGAGUCUGCGUCCCGCAGUCUCGAGCUUGGAUCCGAGCUCGCAGGAGAAGAGGACUCGGACGAAGGAGACGAACUAGGGACCGCCUUUUCCGACGAGGAGGAGGAGGGUGAUGACAUCGAGGGCGAAAACGCAGACCAAGAUGACGAGUUGGAGCUAGGAGAAGAGGAGGAGGAAGAGGAAGAGGAAGAGGAGGGGGAGGGGGAUGAAGAGGAGGAGGGGGAUGAACAAGAGUAUGUCGAAGACCCCAACGGCCUAAACGAUGGUUUCUUCUCCAUCGACGACUUCAACAAACAAUCACAAUGGUUCGAAAGCCAAGACGCAAAGGGAGAUCCCACCACCGACCAGGCUAGCGACGACGAAGAGAUUGACUGGGGCGCCGAUCCAAUGGCUCCUCCGAAACCAGGCGCCAAGUCCAAGAAGUCUUCUGCCGAAGACGAGCCUCCGGAAGAGGAGGAUGAAGAGGACGAGGAGGAUGGACCUACCUUUGGCGACAUGGCGCUCGAUGCGCCUGAAGGAGAAAGCGAGGACGAGUCCAUGGACGAUGUCGAAGACGAUGCCGGAGACUUCAACGCCAAUGAAGUAUACUACAAGGACUUCUUUGCGCCGCCGCCGAGAAAUGGCAAUGGCAAGAAGGCAAGAAGACCUGCCAAGGUCAAGAAAGCGGAGCAGCCUUCGGAGGAAGAUGUCGAGCGGGCCAUGGCCGACGUGAAGCGCGAUCUGUUCGACGACGAGUCGGAAAAUGAAGAUUCGGACGAUGCGCAGUCGGACCUCUCCGCGGGUGACCCCCGUUCGCGACGCUCAGCACACGAGCGUCGUCAGGCCAAGCUGGCCGAGGAAAUCCGCCAACUCGAGGCGGCAUCCGUCGCCAAGCGCGAGUGGACGCUGUCCGGCGAGGCGGCGGCGGCGGACCGGCCGAUGAACUCUCUCCUGGAGGAAGAUCUCGACUUUGAGCACGUCGGCAAGCCGGUGCCGGUGAUUACACCGGAGGUAAGCGAGGGCAUCGAAGAGCUCAUCAAACGCCGCAUCCUCGCCCAGGAAUUUGACGAGGUCCUCCGCCGACGGCCCGAUACCGAGGGCGUACCGGCAGGCACUCGACGAGGCAUGAUCGAGCUCGACGAUAGCAAGCCUAGCAAGGGCCUUGCCGAGGUGUACGAGGAAGAGCACGUGAAGAACGCGAAUCCGGAUUCGUACGUCAGCCAGUCGGACGAGAAGUUGCAACGGGAGGAGAAGGAGGUGGAGAGCAUGUGGCGAGCCGUCUGCGCGCGCCUCGACGCGCUGUCGAGCUGGCACUACAAGCCCAAGCCUGUGGCGCCGUCGCUGUCGGUCGUGGCCGACGUCGCCACCGUCGCCAUCGAGGACGCGCAGCCGUCGACGGCUCAGGGCGUCGCCGGCGAAAGCAGCCGGAUGGCUCCCCAGGAGAUCUACAAAGCCGGGGCCGAGUCGACGGCCAAGGGCGAGAUCGUCACCCGUGCCGGCCUUCCCCUCGCUCGACAGGAGCUUUCGCGAGAGGAGCGUACCCGCCGUCGCCGUCGUCACAAGGAGCGAGUGCGCAAGGCUGGCGGCUCAACGACCCCAGCCGCCGCUGCCAAUGCCGCCGGCUCGAAAGCGGCCGCCGGGAAGGGUAGCUCAAGGGCAACAUCGCAGCGCGAGACUAUGGCGGAACUCAGGAAGGGCGGUGUCAAGGUCAUCAACCGCAAGGGCGAAAUCACCGACGUCGACGGGAACAAGGCCAAGGCGACGCAGGCGGUGUCGAGUGGCAGCUACAAGCUAUAG